AUGCUGCAUAAUGGAAGGACAUCAUCGGGCGAUCGAGCUAGAAUUAGGAGGGCUAUACAUAGUUCGCGUAGGCAGACUACGGAGGUUGGAUAUGUUCCCACCUUACCUUCUUCUCCACCUUUAAACCAAUCAGCUUUGGGGAUGGAUCCACUUAGAAGUCAGAGUCAGCCGCCAUCAGGUGAUGCUGCUUCAGGUCAGGGCGAACUCUCACGGCAGAGAAAUGGUGAAGGUCUUCUUCAACACACAGAGUCAUCGAGCUUCAUGAACACGAGAGGAGCAGUUCAUGGUGUCCCGACAACUUCUUUUGGAGCCUCCCCUCGAAAUCUCAGUGGGACUUCUUCAUCCUCCUCUUCGGGAGCAGCUACUGGACACAUUCGUAUGAGGUAUCGAUCAGCGUCGUCUAUACCGCCCUCAUCUUCACCCGGGGGUCAACGUAGAUCGAUAGAUCUUAUAUUGGAAUCAACUGAUCUCGGUGUUGGCGUUAGUGGAACGACAGAAAGCCUUAUUGGCAGCGAAGAUCUCUCAACAGUGGUAGGAUCUUCGACCGAAUUCUACACUAUCGCUCCACGUGGAAAUGUGGGUAGUGGACGAUUAAGUGCGCGCAGUCCUCGACAGCCUUCACACGAGAAUUCACCGUCGCAACAAUCUCCACCUGCACCAACACCAGCUCCCUCUGAAUCUCCCAUCGUCUUUCGUCUGCGAGAAGAGAGUGCCACUCUUCCGGCUCCAUUUACAGCUCCUGCAUCAACUACUGCUGUGGUGUGUUUCUUGCAGAUAAUUCCCCAUCAAUUUAUGGGGAAAUAA